AUGGGGCUCCGCCGUUCUGCGUCCUCCAUGAGAGGUCCCUCUUCUGCCUCCCUCGCGUCUGCGUCGCUUCUCUUCACCCUGGUCUGUCUGGCGCUCCCCUCUGUCCCGCCGUCCCCUGUCUCCGUUGUCUCUUCGCCCUUCGCCGCGCUCCUCACGGCGUCCGCAGCCGCGCCGCCCCCCCCUCCUCCCGCGUACAGCGCCGGCGCGGUCGACCCGAACGCGGCGCAGGGGUACAUUCCGCCGGCUUCUCAGCAGGGCGGCUACUACGCGUCUGAAGACCAGCCGCCUGUCCAGAACUACGCGUCCGCGGAGGGCGGCUACCCGCCUUACGCCGCGCCAGCGGACGGCGGCAUGCCGCCCGCGCAGGCGUAUCCGCCGUCCUACUCGGCGCCAGCUGCCAACUACGCAGGCACUGUGAACGCUGCGCCUCCCAGCCAGCAGGCUUCACCCGCGGGCGCGGGUCAGGGGGGUCAGGCGCGCCCUGCAGCUCCACGCGCGCCGUUCGUCGAGGGCGCGCCGCAUGUCCUGCCGCCCGCGGCGCCAGCGAGCGCGGCGGGGGGUGGAGGAGCUUCAGGCGCCGACGCCCGCAGGAGCGCCGGGAAGCCUCUCUGGCAUGAGACUGUGGGGUCCGUCGAGCUGCCGCGCCACUCCUGGGUGGCGCCCCUGAAUGCGGAAAACAGCCUAGGCGAAUGGGACUUGGCGAUGGCGACUGUGCCUGCGGAGCGGUACGUGGUGCUGACGCCAGCGGUGGCGAACCGGACAGGUCAGUUUUGGCAUCGGCAGGCGCUGCUGACAAGUAACUUCGAAGUGCAGUUUGGCUUCAGCGUCUACGGAGACGACAAGGCCUACAGCGACGCGGCCAACUCGCGUUCGGCGGCGCAGCGAGCCGACAAGCAGUCGACCGGCGCCAACGGCGCGCCGCUGCGGGUGGGGAAGCCUGAGGGCUUCGCCUUCUGGUACGUCUACGAGGCGUACGCGCAGGCCUUCCCGCGGACCCUCGAAGAAGAGCAGGAGUGGAAACUCUUCGGCUACAAAAACCGCCCCAAGGGCCUCGGCGUCUUCUUCAAAGUCUUUGACCGCGCAGGCUACGUGCGGCCCUCCAUCUCCGUCUACUACAACGAACAGGGCAGCCGCGCACUCGACCCUGUCCGCGAAAUCCCGUUACCCGCUGGAAUCUUCUACAGAUACCGAAACUUGCCCGAGCCCGUCGUGUUCAAGCUCGCGGCGGGGCCGGCGGGCAUCGUUGGUGAAGUGCGCGCGACCUCGGGAGGAGCGUGGCUCACGUGUUUCCACUUGAAGGACGUGCGGCUGAAGUCGAACGGGUUCAUCGGUUUCACGGCCUACAACGGCCCGGAGGCGGCCUCACUGGUGCCGCCUGUGGAGAGCCCCGAUGCGGCCGCGAGGCCGCAGCCCGGCGGCGGCGUCGCAGAUCUCGUGGUGCUCUACUUUGUCAAAGUCUGGAACCUGGAUUUGAGUGUGCGCGGCGAGAGUGACGAGUUGCUUGCGCAAGAAAUGUCCGACGUGCCAGUAGAUGACUUGCUCAAGGGGCACUCUGUUCGCAAAGACGAAAAAGCUCUCACGGAAGCGCUCAAGCAACUCGCCAGAAUGAUGUACAAACACAUCGCCGAACAAAGCCCCAGAGAGCAGGCGAUGCAGCGCACGAUCAACGCUCUCGGCGCGCAGGUGACGCGUCUGGCGGCGGACGUGAGGGAGAUGAAGAAGGAGAUCCUGGGGCACAUUCAGAAGGCCGGCGCCAACUGGGCGAGUGGAGGCGCGGCGGCCGGGGAGGCCAAAGACGCGGGCGCAGGGACGGAGGAGGCGCUGCAUACAGUCCGCACAGAGUUGCACGGGCUGAAGAAUCUCCUCGCGCAGCACUCGCAGAUCCACCGCGACUCGAUUCACACGCUGCAGCAGAAAGUCGAAGCUGCGCGCGCAGCCCCGACCAGCGGCGUGGCGCCUGAGCUACGCGAGCUGGCGACCCGCGCCAGAAACCUCGAGGCCACGAUUGCGGCCAAGGAGCACUUUUCGUUUUUCAUGACGAUUGGGAUGAUCCUCGUGCUCCUCGCAUUUGCCUUUUUCGUCUGGAAGCGCUUCCGAGACAUGGAGAAGAAGCAUCUGCUCUGA